AUGGGCGCGAGGCCAUGCCGGCCGAUUAGAUGGGUUGGGAAAGACCACCAAGCUCAUGGAGUCAUCGCAGCAGUCAAUUCUGAAACCAUCGCCGAUGUAACAACAGCUAAUCGCAGCGGAUUUGGGGAUAAACCGAUCCUGAUCAUUGUGCCUCUUACUUCUAUAUCAGACUGGGCGGAAGACUUCCGAAAGACACUUGGAAGCCAAUUCAAACUUCACGAAUACCUUCAAGGAAAACCAAUGUUCCGGAGAAAACAGUUAUUGGGUAUGACCGCACGGGACAUCAUCAUUACAACUAUCGGGUUUUUCAACCUGAAGCAUGGCCCAUCCGCGAUUGAAAAAUCCCAUGGUAACAAGUCUGGCCGGCCGACCAUGUAUGAGGGCGGGUAUGGAGAGAAUGAGCUUACGGAUUGUUUUUCGCUUUUGAUCUUGGAUGAGGCACAUGAGUUCAAAAGCGUCAAGUCCACGUAUUUCAAGGCGGUCAGAAAUUCAAGGGCCCAACACCGAAUGCUCUUGACCGGGACGCCAAUCCAUAACGACCUUCGAGACCUUGAAGGGGUGAUGGGUGUGUUGCAAUCCCAUGACGUCUGGGAUCGAUUCCUCCAACACGACAGAAAAAAAGACCACUUCGAUAUAGCCGACGAGUCUGUAAGAAACACUCUUAUCUACACAAGUGAAGGAGCUGCUUGGAUCAAAACCAAGCAGUACCCUGGGGAUGACGACAAAGGUAAACUUAUCCGCCAAACAUACAAAGCGUGCUUACUUCGUCGCACAUAUGCGACGACAAUUGAAGGGAAAAGAGUGGCAGACGAAUUACCGCCCCAUAAGAAGGUUACUGUACACCUUCGGUAUACUGGUCAGAGCAAAGACAUGGCCGCAGUCAUACGCAACAAGUACAUGUCCGGAGAGAAGCAGUCGUUCGGCGAAGCGAAAAACUUUCGAUAUCUUUGCCAUGCAGCCACGUUUCUGGGGUUAGCUGGUAUCCAAAAACUGCUUGGAACUUGCCAGCGACUACAGAAAGCGGAUUUUGGAUAA